AUGCUGCUCGGAACUCUCUUUACCGCCGUGCUCAGCAUUGGCGGUAUGGGCCUAAGAAGGCCUGACGAUCGUUCCGCAUCGAGUACAUGCUCGCCCUCCUUCCUAGCCUCGGCAAUCGACCUCCCAGGAAACGGAUCCGUCAUUGGAGUCGCCGCGGAAAUCGCAGAGACACCAGGCCAUAAUGCGACAAUCAGUUUUUGCAAUGUCACAGUGACUUAUACGCACCCAGGCUGGAACGAUACCAUCCAUAUCUCCGUCAACCUGCCGCAAAACAACUGGAAUGGCCGGUUUCAAGGCGUGGGCGGAGGUGGCUGGGCCACUAGUUCCGGAAUAUCAUCUCUCUUGAGCCCUGUUGCGAAUGGGUACGCGGCCGGUUGCACCGAUGGCGGCCAUGAGCCCGUUUCAGGGACAUCAGCUGCGUGGGCCAACCUGCCCGACGGCCAGCUGAACAUGCAUCUUUUCCGCGACUUCGCGUACUUGGCGCUGAACGACCUUGCUGUUGUCGGAAAGCAGAUCACUCACCGAUACUACGGUCAUGGCCCGCAUCAUUCGUAUUGGAGCGGCUGCUCCACGGGAGGUCGCCAGGGCAUGAUGAUGGCGCAACGAUUCCCAACGGCCUAUGAUGGAAUUUAUGCAGCGGCCCCCGCGAUCAAUUGGCCCGUCUUCAUUGUUGCGGAGUACUGGAGUCAGCUUAUCAUGAAUCGGCUGGAUCACUAUCCUCCGCAGUGCGUGUUAGAUACUAUCACAGCUGCAGCCGUGGAAGCUUGUUCAUCGAGAAACGAGAGCUUCAUUAGCGAGCCCGGAAGAUGCAUGUUCGACCCGCAUGUAUUGAUCGGGCUCAAGGCAAACUGCGUCGGGUCCACGGUCCCUAUCACUGCCAAGGACGCUUUCAUUGCCCAGAAGUUAUGGGAAGGAGUCCGAACGCCCGAUGGACAGAAUCUAUGGUGGGGUCUCAAUCCUGGGGCGCCAUUUUCGGGUCUCACUAACACAUCUUGCUCUUCUGGCUUGACGAACUGCACUGGCAGCCCGUUCAGCAUCUCAGAGGACUGGAUCGCUCGAUGGGUCCUCCAAGAUCCACACAUUGAUUUGCAAACACUCACUAAUGAGACUUACUUCGGCCUGUUUUCGAAGGCGUUCCAGGAGUACAAUGGAAUCAUCGGCACAAACAAGGCAGAUCUCAGUGCUUUUAAAAAGAACGGUGGCAAGAUCGUGACAUGGCACGGCUUAGCCGACCAGCUCAUCUUCCCGGGGGCACCAUUAAUUACUACGACCAAGUCAGGCACCGUGAUUCUGCGGUUGAGGACUUUUAUCGGAUAUUUUUUGCCCCCGGCGUGGAGCAUUGCAUGGGCGGAACCGGUCCCUACCCUGAUGACCCUCUGGGGGCUGUUGUUGAGUGGGUAG